AUGCGCAGAGACUCCUCUCUCCGUCUUGUCCAGCGGGGUUUGCUCGCCGCGCAGCCGCAAUCCUCGUCCCAACCAUCCAUCUGUCUCCAAUGCCGCAGUCUCUUGCUACGACGGCCGACCCUCGUGAGUGCGAGUCUCCAGAGACCGUCCCAAGCGGCAGCGGCAGCCCAGCAAUUUAGCACUUCGACCGGGUGGCUGAAGAAAUCUUCCUCGUCCAACAAAUCAUCGCGCAAAUCGCCCGAAGUGACACCCCCCAAGAAGGAAGGCCAUGUGCCCGACAACAUGGCGACCCGCGGACGCGAUUCCGAGCUCGACCCCUACGACUUUACAGACUUAAACGACAAGAUUGCAAAAGCCAUCUCCAGGCUGAAGGAUGGGCUGGUCAAGACACGCGACGCAGGGCGAGUGACACCCGCCAUGGUUGAGUCGCUCCCCGUCGAGAUCAACGUCAAGGGCCACGAUGCUCAUGGCGCGUCGCCGCAUAAGGAGAGGACGAAGAUUGGGGAUUUGGCCAGUGUCACGCCUCGAGGGGGCAGAAUGGUGCAGGUAUUUUGUGCGGAGCAGGCGCAAGUCAAGCCAAUCUGCUCCUCGAUCAUCGGCAGCCCGCACAGCCUAGUGCCCCAAGUUGACCAGCACAACCCGCUUUUGGUUCUAGUGCCAGUGCCGCCCAUGACUGCCGAGACGCGCGCCCAAGCCCGCGCUGAAGCCAAAAAGGUAUUCGACCGCGCCAGCCUCGACGUACGCAACGCCCGUGGCGAUGCCCAGAAGCGAUUCCGCAAAAUGGAGAACCAGAAACUCGUCAUCGUCGACGAGCUCCAUAAGGCGCACAAGCAGAUGGAGGAGAUUGUGCGGAAGGCCCAGGAUGAGUGCAAGAAGCACUACGAUGGCGCGGUCAAGGCCAUGGAAGGAUAG